AUGAUGGUCGGAGAGGUCGAAGUGAAGGAACGACCGAGGCCGAGUCCAGACUAUUUGAUGCAAUUAUUAAACGAAAAGAAGCUUAUGACCAGUUUGCCAAAUCUCUGCGGAAUCUUCACGCACCUGGAGCGGCUUCUUGAUGAAGAGAUCAACAGAGUGCGUAAGGAUAUGUACAGCGACACAGUGAAUGGCCUUGUGGACAGACACCCGCUGGAGCUGCCCGAACCCAUCGGACCCAUCGUUCACCUGCAGGAGAAACUGUUUGUGCCUGUCAAAGAGUACCCAGACUAUAACUUUGUGGGAAGAAUCCUCGGUCCCCGGGGACUCACUGCCAAACAGUUGGAGGCAGAGACGGGAUGCAAAAUCAUGGUGCGAGGAAAGAGCUCCAUGAGAGACAAGAAGAAGGAGGAGCAGAACAGAGGGAAGCCAAACUGGGAACACCUAAAUGAAGACCUUCACGUCCUAAUCACAGUUGAAGACACGCAGAACAGAGCCGAGAUCAAGAUGAGGAGAGCGGUGGAGGAGGUCAAGAAGCUCCUCGUACCUGCUGCUGAGGGGGAAGACAAUUUGAAGAAGAUGCAGCUGAUGGAGCUGGCUAUACUCAACGGGACGUACAGAGACAACAACAUCAAAACACCCCACCUUGCGUUCUCUCUUGCAGCAGCGGCAGCGGCCGCUCAGGGCCCCCGCCUCAUAGCAGCCCCCGCAGGUCAGGUGUUGCCUCCGCCGGCACUCCGGCCCCCGACGCCGGCCGGGGCGCCCAUCAUGAACCUCAUCCGGCCCUCUCAGAUGGCUGCUAUGCUGCCUAACGGCACCCCAACCUUGGUGCCUCCCACUCCGGACGGCGGACUAAUCUACACCACCCCUUACGAGUACCCCUACACCUUGGCACCCACCUCGUUGCUGGAGUACCCCAUCGAGCACAGUGGGGUUCUAGGUAAGAGAGCCUGGGGGAGCUUGGGUGCAGCAGCCAACUUUAGCCAGCCCGGACAGGAGGGCAGCUUUUUUUACCCCGGCUUUGGGGUGCUGGACGCAGCUACCAUGAGCCACAGUCAGGACUUGUUGAAAGGUGCAAUGGCUACUAAAGUGAGACGGCAUGACACGCGGGUCCAUCCUUACCAAAGGAUUGUGACCGCUGACAGAGGUCAGUUUAGUCUCCUAGCUACACUUUGCUAUUGACUGAUGCAUUUUUAUGAUUAUUAUGCCUAUUAUGCCUCACUGCCUUAGUCAGAAACAAUGUCUGUGUUGGAUUUCUCUGUUUUCCUCUCCCACCUUACCUGCCCCGUACAGGAGAAUCUCAUUUAACUAGAAUAUCAUUGAGGAGUUCAUUUAUUUCACUAAUUGAAUUCAGAAAGUGAACUCUUUAUGUUUUAUUGAUCCAUUUCACACAAAGUGACUCACUCCUAGUGUUUAUUUCUGGUAAUGUUGAUGAUUAUGGCUUACAGCUAAUGGAAACCAUUCGGGUUCGGAGAAAAUAGGAACGUCACAUAAAGUCAAGAAACCCUUUAAAACAGAAAUGCGUUGCAGCGAGAAGUGUCUUCAUGGACUACUGGACAGUAUCAGCUCUCAGUACCGGGUCUGGGCUCCUUUUGCAUGAAUUGCUGCAUGGGGAUCAGCUGGUGCACUGCAAAAACAGAACUAGAAAUAAGUAAAAUGUUCUUAAAAUGAUUGUAUUUGUCCUUAAUUUGAGCAGGUAAAUAAGAUUAUCUGCCAAUGAAAUAAGAUUUUUGCACUUAAAAUAGGAACAAUUCAUCUCCAUCUUCUUAUUUCAAGUGCAGGAUGUCUAAUUAUCUUAUUUUAGGGGUCAAAAUACUCAUUCCAUUUAUCAAAUCAAGGAUAAAUACACUAACUUUAAGAACCUUUUACUUAUUUUUAGAUCCAUUUUUGCAGUGUGGUCCUGGUGGGAGCCCAGGUUGUGUUUAAAAAUGGCCUCCAGCUGGUCUGCAUUGUUAGUUCUGGUGUCUCAUCUUCACCCUGACAGUACUGCACCAGUUCAGAUCCGAACAGUUUUUUAAAAUAGAUUUUCAAAUGAAAUACAAAAAUGUUUCUUCUAAAAAAAAAAACAGGAUUCUGGGAACAACGAGCAACAGUGUCAAGGCUGUGGUUAGCCCUGUUGCUUGAGCAGGUUUUAUGCCACACUUUUUCCUUCCACUCAACUUUCUAUUGUUGUGCUUGGAUUUAGCGCAUCAGUAGCUAGGCAUUUGGAAAAAGAGCCUUUUGUGGCUCACAGUCAAAUAAGUAAAUGACUCUCUGCUGGGCUAAUGUGUUAUGGCUAUGAUAACACAAGCAGGUUUUAGAUGACUUUUAGUUUUCCUUUCUACCAGACGUUUUUCCUUCCACUAAACAUUCCAGAAAUGUGUUCGGACACAGUUUCUUUAGCCAAAAGCUUUUGUAGCUAACCCGUGGGAUUUUCAUUGGUUGUAAGCCUAACCAUCAAAAAUCAACAGGAGCAAACAUUUGAAAUACACCACUGUGUGCAUAAAUAACGCAGCUAUAUCCUGAAUAAGGUUCACUUUUGAAUUCACUGAAUGAAAUCAGCUUCUUAGUUAUAUUCUUCUUUAUUGAGGUGCACCUGUACAUCCACACACCUGCUAAACGGUGGAGUGAGGUGUGCGCACCUUGUUUACAUGUAGUACUUAUAACAGCCACCGGGUUGGAGUCCCAGCUCAGGCAUAAGCGAGACCUCGACCUCGAGAGCUUUUGGUUCACGCAGCUGUGCAGCUAGAAAGAGGCGAAUAGUUUGCAGGCAGUGUUGAGGGGUAAAAAAACGACAUUCCUCUGAUGUGAAAUUAGAGCCAAAAAAAAAAAAAAAAGGAGCGAGCGUUGCUCCCAUCCCAGGAUCGAUUUCCGCUGCUCAUACGGAGCAGAGACAAAGGAGGAGUAGCUGCGCUGCUACCGGCCGCCUUUUCACCACGGGAUGCAGAUUUCUUUAUUAUUAUUUUUCUAGAGAAGAUAGACGCGCGCAGACAUUAGCUGAGGUAGCUUUGCGUUCUCUGCAGUGUGUUGCAAAUAUAUUGAAAUAAAGCUAAAUACUUUUUUUUUUUUUUUCUUCUUUUUAAAUAUUUCAGUUGUACACGAGGUACUGUCAUUUUAUAUUUGGAGCAUUUUUAUAUGAAAUGUAUUUAUGGUUUUGUGUAUAUUUAUAUUAUAUAAAAGAAAAUAUACUGCUAAAUAAAGAGAAUCAGAAAGCA